AUGCUUUUCAACAGUAAAUGGUCCGCUCUUCUCCCGAUCAUUCGAGAUAUUUGCAGCAUCUCGGGCAUCCCAGGAGUGUCACUGGGCAUAGUAGAGAAUAACAAAACCGUAUACACCGCUUCACUUGGUUACGCCGACAUCGAGAGUAACAUCCCUUGCGAUAGCGACACAACGUUUGUGCUCGGGUCUCUUACCAAAGGCUUGACAGCUGCUUUGGUAUCCUCCCUUCAUGACGACGGUAUCAUAUCAUCGUGGGAUGCUCCUCUGAAGACGUUGUUGCCAGAAUUUCACCGUGAAGACAUCUACGGCGACAUCAAGCUCAGCGAUUUGCUAACACACCGUACUGGUCUUGCCUCUCUUGACUCUCUCUGGCUCGCAUCUAACAAUGUUCCUUAUCUGCCUCGAUCGGAGGCCAUUCGAAUACUUAAUUACGCCCCGCCCAUCCAGCCAUUUCGAACCCAGUUCAUAUACAAUAACUUCGGCUACGAGGUCCUCGGCCAGGUUAUCGAGAAGGUCUCUGGUGAAUCAUUUGCGGAAGUUCUGCGGCGCCGCCUUCUGACCCCGCUCGGCUUGUACCGAACGUACUACACAGGCGAGAGCCGCGAAAAUGAAGCGAAGCCCUAUGCUGCGCUGGAGAACGGGUCUUUUGUCCCUAUCGCGACACCGCUACACGGAGAGAACGUAUUAAUGGGGCCAGCCGGGGCCUUAAUGACUGCUGCUUUUCAUGAGAUCAUCCACCCAGAUUCUAGCUCAUCUGAUCAGCUCAACUCGACCAUUCGAGGUAUUUAUCAGCUAUGGAAAGGGCAUCAAUCCCUGCCCUUUUAUUCCCUUAGGGAGCAUUCGUACGGAUUUGGUUGGGCCCGAGCACAGCUACCUGCCGUCAUCUCCCAGGGAAGCGAUACAAGCACACCCAAUCCUAUGGUUGGAACAGGUGCACCGUCACAGUUGGCCCUGUAUCACGGGGGAGUUAUCCCUGGGUUCAACACUUACAAUGUCCUACUUAUUGAAACUGGCAGUGCAGUUGUCGUUCUCACCAAUUCUCAGUCUCUGAACGGCGGAGUGCGGUGGAUUGGUGAGCUGCUUGUUGAAGCCCUUCUCAACAACUCCCAUAAUGCACUUGAUUAUACCCUUCUGGCAAAGCAAUCAGUCGACAUUGCGCUACAGCAGGCAAAAUAUAUCAACGAGAGUCUGGCUGCGGGCCGAACUAUUGAGACUCCCUCCAGACCACUAGAAGAUUAUGUCGGAAAAUACUUCAACGAAGCUGGAAAUUUCUUUAUUAAAAUCGGGUACAGCAAAGACAGAACCGGUCUUCAGAUUGCGUAUAUGGGCCGAAAAGCGGAUACAUUCCACCUUCUUCCAUACCAGGAGGACAGUUUUUAUUGGACCUUGACGCAUGAUGAGUCUGCGAAGCUUGCCCGAGAGCCUAUUUUCCCGAUGGAGUACCACAUUACCAAGUUUGGAUCUGAGAUGAAUGGAACAGGGGUCUCUUGUCUUUGGUGGCAGCAUCGGUCCGACCUGCCAGAACCUGGGGAGCUAUUCACGAAGAUGGGGAGGGGGUUUGAAGAUGCACACGCAGAAUUAUGA